AUGGCCUUGCGUUGCUCCUUCGGGCUGGGCCCGGCCCAGUCCCGCGAGGAAAAACCCGACCACCAGGCACUCACCGACGAACCCCAAACCCAGGCCUGGCUCGAGGCUCUGCAGGUCAUAAACAGAAUUUCUACUAAUGCACUGAAAAACUUGUACGGUGUAGCUGGAGAAAACAUCACAGCUAUGUGUGGCCUUUAUAUGUCUGGGACCUGGACAUUCUUCUGCAGGAAAAACUGUGAAGCAGGAAACAUUCUGAUUAAAACCAAAGAGCUUUUAGCUCAAACAAAACGAUAUAAAACGGAGCAAUUUAAAGAAAUUACUUCUGGAUUUUUCUCGCUUUAUGUGAGCAUCUCAGAGCUGACCCAGUCUGACUCAGGACUCUACAGAUGUGGUUUGGGAUACUCUUCAAAAUCAGCCAUUUACCAAGACUUCAGACUGUUUGUUGCAGACGCUCUGCUGGACGGAACCAAAGAUCAUCACGUCUUUAAAGAACCUGGCAGUUCGCUCACUGUCGCCUGUUCCUCUGGUUCCUCUGGAAAAACCAAAUCCUUCUGCAGAGGACGAUGUGGAGAACAAGGAGAGGUUCUUCUGCAGACAGAUGGAGGCGGAGCUGAAAGAGGAAGAUACAUCAUUGAAUUUAUAAACAGUGUCCUGUAUGCAUCCAUCACACAGCUGACCCAGUCUGACUCAGGAUGGUAUAGAUGUAAACCAGACAGAAGUUCAUGCACAGACUUUCAUGUUACUGUCAGAACCGCGUUCGAUCCGUCCGUCUCUUCACCACCAAGCAGUUCAAGCUCCAGUUCAGGAAGUUCCAGACCGUCUGCUUCCCCUCAACCUACAGAUAUGUCUGUUCUGACUCAGAAGAACACAACAACAUCUAAAGCAGCUCUUCUGCAGUUUGUGCCUCUGACUCUAAUCAUCUUCACCAUCCUGUUAUCUGUGGCUCUGCUGGUUUGCUGCAGAAAAAUAUCUGAACAUCAAGAAGCCAAGACUCCAGCCACUGAGAGCAUCAGAAUGAAUGAAAAUGUUGGAGAGGAAGAUGAACAGUGGAUAUCUGCUGAAGUGGAAAUCUACACAGCUUACAGAGGAACACCAAAUCAACAGAAGCAGAAACCGACCAAAGCUGCAGAGCUGUAGCAGCAACCACCU